AUGAGUACACGACAGGCAGAUGAUAACGAUUCCAAUGAGGCUGAUUCCUCAAGAAAUCCACACAAUGAUAAUACAACCACUAAUGCUUCAAGCAGCACCCCUUUAACUUUAAAUAAUCAACUGAAUAACAAUUCUUUUGGAAUUAAUGAGAAUGUUUCAAGUACUGUAAAUGCUACAACUCGUGAUUCAAGCGAUUCAAAUAAUAAUAGCAAUACAAACAAUUCAAAUACCAGCAAUCAAGGUACUGCCACAAAUACAAGCAAUUUAUCUUCCACAAAUAUACCGAUUAAUCCUGAUCAUCCUGAUACUAGAAAUAUCACUGUAUCUAUUCAGUACUCUCUUCUAAAUCCUCAGACCAGACUAACCACUAGUAAUAAUAUGGCUUCUAAUUUCUCUUUUAAUCCGUCUACUGCCUUAAAUGGUUCUAGUACAAGUGAAACACCAGAUAGAACUAGUAAUGGAUCACAAUUGGCGCCUGAUAAUAUCCCAAAUAGACAGGCCAAUGGAACUCUGGUUCUUUCCUUUAGAGACGUUCCGGUAUCAACUCCCUCAGAUACUUUGGAAUCAGUGAUAUCUGUUGCUGCAGAAUUAGCUACACGUCGAUUUGUUGAUAUAAUGACUCAGAGUAAUGGUAUAUCUCAAAAAGAUUUUGAAAACCUAUCCAUUUUAAAAUUAAACUCUUUACCUACUUCAACUGAACUUUGUAGUAUAUGCAUGGAACCGUAUGAAGAAGAACCAUCAGCUACGCUUUCCAAGAAAAGAUCAAGAGAUUUGGAUAGAUUGGAAGAUUCAAAAGCAAAGAAACCAAGAUCUAUGGAAUCAAAUUCCACAGAAUCAAACUCUACAGCAGUUUCUACAAACUCUGUUGAUAAUGGUAUAGCACAAUUCAAUGAAACUACACAAUUGACUACUGUAGCCCCAUCUUCUAUGGAUUCAACAAUUCCAACCUCAUCUACACCAGAUGAAAAUAAGAAACAUGAAUAUCAUAAUUCACCAGUCCAAUUAUCUUGCAAACAUAUAUUUUGUCGUUCAUGUUUAUAUGAGUGGUCUAAAUUAAAAAAUUCAUGCCCGUUGUGUAGAAAGAAAAUUGUUGAAACUCCAACUGUGGAGAAUAAUAUCCAAAACGAUGCAAAUUCAAAUGAAGCUUUUGAAAGAAUACGUAGAAUCUUAUACAACAAUCAUAAUUUGAACUCAGAAACAAACACUCCUACAGAAGGUUCAGAUAAUAAUACGACAAACCCCUCCUCCUCUCAAACUGGUAAUUCCACCAAUGGGCCAUUACCAAUGGGGAACUCUGCUAAUUCAAAUACGUUUUCUAUGUCAAGAUCAGGUAUUGUUAUUUUAAGACCUACAAACAUUCUUCCUCGUAAUCCACCUACUCAAAGCAAUAAUCAAGAAUCAAAUAAUUCCUCAACCACAAAUAAUACUUCUACAGAAGGAGCACCAGCUAAUUCUACAAAUGUUUCCGGAAUCCGUUGGGUUCCAAUUCCAGUAACAUUUAUUUCCUUAAACAAUGGUGAAAGACCUAACACAGUAAUGACACCAAAUAGAUCAAAUUCCAAUACUGCUUCAACUAAUGCGAAUAGCAAUGGAAAUACCCAAACAUCUGAAAAUACAAACGAUGGCACUCCAAAUUAUUCUCAUUUAAGAUCCAUGUUAAAUCAUGUUUUUAAUACCACUGAUAGAAUUAAUACACAAGAACAAAAUACUUCGAAUAAUGAUUCAAAUGAUACAACAAAUAGUUCUAAUAAUAACAACACUUCACUUCCAGGCAGAAUGACCUCUUUACUUUCCAGUUUAAUGUCUGCAUCUGGAAACAAUAGAAAUGCUGAUACUACCGACAUAAACAAUACGACAAAUAAUGUAGUGUCAAAUCCCCCAAAUACAAUUUUUACCACUGGUGUAGCAAGUUAUAGAAGUCAAGAUGGUGAAGUAAGAACAGUAAAUCUUCAUGGAAAUGAAAAUAAUGAAAUAAAUCAAUCAAAUAUCCAAAACAAUACUCAAACAAAUACCACACCAGCAACUGCCACCUCGACAAAUGAUUCCAAUGAACAGGAGAAUAUACCUAAUACAGAUACCAAUGAUCCAUCUAUUUGA